AUAAACGUUAGCCACGCCCAAAACAGGGUCACGCCCAAAAUGGCGGAUUAUCCUUUAGGGCAGCUUCUUGAAGCAAUCAACUUUGCUGCUAUUAAACACUCAAAGCAACGAAGGAAAGACGAAGACAAGACUCCAUACAUUAAUCAUCCCAUUGGAGUUGCCUACUCGCUCUGGAAGGAAGGAGGAGUCACUGACUUGGCUACACUUCAGGGAGCUAUACUCCACGAUACAGUUGAAGACACUGACACUACACUGGAUGAGAUAGAGGAGAAGUUUGGACCUGAAGUGCGAUCUAUUGUUGAUGAGGUCUCAGACGACAAAUCCUUACCAAAAGCUGAGAGAAAACGUCUACAGGUCAUCAAUGCACCGCGGAAGAGCAAGCAAGCCAAACUUAUAAAACUUGCGGACAAGUUAUAUAAUUUACGUGAUCUGUCCCGAGCUACUCCCCAGGGCUGGACUGAGAGCCGUGUUCAAGAAUAUUACCAAUGGGGGGCCCAAGUAAUACGUGGUAUAUUGGGUACUAACAAGGACCUGGAAGACGCCAUUGAAGAGGUACUGAGGAAGCAAAAGUUGUCCCUCUAUUCUGACCCACCUGAAGUUGAAGCAGACAAUUCUGACUAAAUACAUAUUAUAGAUCUAUUCUCUUUUUUAUUAAUUUUUAACAAGUGUGAGUAGCAUUCGUAGCAUUAGCUAUAGAUCUAUUAUAGUUGAUUAUAUACCAGUAAAA